CAUGUGGUACUGUAAAGAUGGCACCAGAAUCUCAAGGAGGAUGUAUUAAUCAUCGUCUUCAAGUUUAUGGAACCAAAAAUCUUCGAGUUGUUGAUGCUUCAAUCUUUCCAACUAUUCCGGCUGGUAAUCUUAAUGCUCCCACUGCUAUGGUUGCAUGGAAAGCGAGUAGAUUAAUUAAGGAAGAUUAUAAAAAUAAAGUUUAACGAUAAAGAAA